GCCGGCUAGCCCAACAAACACUGGGACAGACAGACGCACCGAGCCCCUGCUCGUCCCCGACCUCGGCGGCUCGGCUCCCGAUCUCGCUGGCUCGCUGCCUGCCUCGCCGGACGCCGUCAGCCGUCGCUGCCCAGCGCUCGGCGCCACUGCGCUUCCCUGGCGCCCCUGCAAGAAGACACCGGCCGCCGCCCAGUCCGCUCUCCGCCGGCUCCGGCAGCAAGCCUUGAGCCCGAUUUGAGGACUUGAGCGCAGGAGGUGUACAAUGAGGCUGUUGAAAGCGGAGGAGUUGUUCCGGAAAUUGCUUGAGGGUGGGUCCAAGAAGCAGCCUCGGCUUCUCGGGCUCGAUGUUGGUAGUAAGUACGUUGGGCUGGCAGUUUCUGAUCAGAAAAACAGGAUUGCCUUGCCUCUAAGUGUCUUGGGUAGGACAAAGACAAACAUUAAUUUGAUGGCAGAUGAUUUCAAAACACUGGUUGAAAACUAUUCCCUUGCUGGGCUUGUUGUGGGUUAUCCAUUCAACCUACAGGGUCAAUCUUCUCCAGAUGCAUCACAAGUAAGCCUUCUUGUAGGAGAACUUUGUAAAACUGGGAAACUUGAUGAUUUGAGCUACACAUAUUGGGAUGAAAAUUUUACCUCAAAGUGCGUAGAAGCCCUUUUAAAUCCUCUGAAACUAAAUGAUCCAGUUGAGACCAAAACAAUGACAGAUAAAUUUGCUGCAGUUUGCAUACUCCAGGGUUAUUUAGAUAACAUGAACAGGGCAUUGAGAUCUGCAGAUAAGUGUGACUCAGCUUCUGGUCAAUGAACAUUUGCCUCUUAAAGGUUCUUCAGCCUUGCAGUCUUUGGUCGAAGCAUGGUUCUGAAAGCAUUUCCGUUUCCUGUAACAUUCAGUUGGUCGAGAUGUAGGUGCAGAGCUGACAUAUUCCGCUGACAGCACAUCACCUGUGCAAAUUAGUCGUAACUGAUGCUAAUCUAUUUGGAAGAUCCCUUCUCCCCUUUCCUUA